AUGUUAACAGUGAUACCUGAGUUGAUCGUAUCAGGAUCUAUUGUAAACUAUACUUGUCAGUUCAAUAGAAGUAUAACGUUAACAGCAGUAUGUGAUUCAAAGAUUCAAUCAGGGGCUCGAGGUCCUGUUAUUAUUAGGCUGGUAUCGUCACAAGACCAAUCAAACACAACCCAUAUUAUUGGUACCUGUGGUGGUAUAUUUGAGGAUUUGAAUGACAAUGAAACGAUAUUUAUUGAGUGUUCAUCACCUACAUAUUAUGGUUUUGUGAUAAAUGUCGGCAUGGUAUUAGAACCCGGUGUUACGGGGUUUAUAACAGUUUGGGAUGAUUUGAUACCGAUGCAAGCUUAUGACGUCCAAAACAGUUACGCUUUUGAUCAGUCUAUGGACACAUGCCAGAAAUUGGAAUCGGGGAAUAUGGAAAUAAUGGGUGCAGAUGCAAAAAAUAGAACAUUUAUAGUUUUAUCUGUAACAAUUAUGUUGUUAGAUCACGAGUGUUACCGAAGUCAUCCAAGUAAUUAUCAAGGGAAGAUGAACUUUACCUGGAAUGAUACGAGUUGUGAAAGAUGGGAUCAAAUUCCAACCAAUCUAAAUUUUAAUAUGGAAAACUUGCCCGAUGAUUCGGUCAAAGAUGCUGAAAAUUAUUGCCGAAAUCCUGAUAAUUCAGCGUCAGUUCCAUGGUGUUUUGUGAAAAAUUACACAGAUAGAGAAAAUUGCAUGGUUCAAAAGUGCAGUUUAUUUUGUUCGUUGUCUCCCGAUGGUACAGAUUAUGGAGGGAUGCAAACACAAACACCGAGUAAACAAUCGUGUGUAUAUUGGAGCGAUAUUGAAGACACGAAUAAAGUUCAAGAAUAUAAAAAAAAUUUCAACACAAGGCGCUGUAGAAAUUAUGGUGAUAGUUUUUCUAGUCCAUGGUGUUUUACAAAUGUUUCUGGACAAUCUUUUAGUGCUUGUAGUAUGAUUCACUGUGCAAAAACCAUCAACACUAUUCAAGUGAGUAAACCGAGUAUGCUGGCCCAUUCACUUUACCAUCCAUACUGUUACUGGAACCGUAAUACGUAUGACACAAACAAUGCCUUUAUUGAGCGGUUUGAAAUGAAUGUUAAUACAUACUCACUUCAAACACGAUGUUUAGAUGGUGUUAACAGUAUGUUUUGCUACGGAGAGAGUGAUCGUAUUUUGACACAUUAUCAUGUUGAUAAUUGCGAUACAGAUACAACAACUCAUUCGCCAACAACAGAAUUACCAUUCACUCUGAAUUUCAGUAAAGAAGCCAACUUGAAAGGAGUGCUUUCUCAAACAGUCUCUUUCAACUUUACCGAGAGGGUUUUUGUUAAUGGGAGCAAUAUUAUACUACAAUCUGUUUCUAAUCUAACGAAAAUAAAGCUACCUAACUUAACAGAUUUGCCAGUGGACCUGCCAGACGAACUUUGUAAUUGUCUAUGUGUAGAGAGCCAAAUACUCGAUGAUGUUACAUUAGAUAAGCGAAUUGAAGAUAUCGUCGUAUCUCUUAGUAUAGAGAAAAGUAAUUUAACAAGAGUGAUGCGCCGUAAGAUAAGCAUAAAUGAUGAAAGACCUUCUGUGUUAUACAUAGGAUCUGGCGCAGUGGCGAUUUUCUCAAUUUUCAUUUUACUCGUUAUAUCGCCGGAUAUUAUAUAUUUGGUUAACAGUUUUUCGGGUCUUAUUAAAAACUGUAGAAAAAAUCAACAUCCUUAA